CCUCCUCCCCAUUUUUCAUCCAGAGACUUGGCCAGCCAGGGUGAGACUGCAGAGGGAUUAUAAAGACGCAGCUCAGACGUCCUGAGGUUUGUGCUUCCCCUUUCCUCUAUAACACUCCUACUUCAUCCCCCAUUGUGAGAACUUGACGACUCUACCACGCCGCACUACAGCGCUUGAAAUAGACGCUGCACAUCCACACGCACGCACGCACGCAGACGCACACAUAGACACACACACACGCCUCACGCCCCGCUGCGCCCCUUUCCGUCGAUCAUGGCACCCAUCGCUACCGCAUCCUCAUCCGCCCUCGGAGACGGCGGUGCCAAUGGCGCAUCGUCUUCCCACACUCCCAGUGCCACUGCUCAGAUCACAAGCAAGCUCGCCAGCAUCGGUGUAGCAGCAAAGGCAGCCGCCAACACAGCCAUUGCUGCCGCUACCACUGCCGCCAACCCCGUGACAGUGUCCAGCAAGGAGACCAUUGCACUGGAGCACGACCAUGCCGCACACAACUACCACCCUCUACCAGUCGUCUUUGACCGAGGCUCUGGAGCCUCCGUAUGGGACCCAGAAGGACGCGAGUACAUCGACUUCCUCGCCGCCUACUCUGCUGUCAACCAGGGUCAUUGCCACCCCCGCAUCAUUGCCGCGCUGGUCGCCCAAGCACAGAAGCUCACCCUCUCCUCUCGAGCCUUCUACAACUCUGCCUUUGGUCCAUUUGCCAAGAAGGUCACCCAGCUCUUUGGCUACGACAUGGUGCUGCCCAUGAACACCGGAGCCGAGGCGGUCGAGACUGCCAUGAAGCUCGCCCGAAAGUGGGGAUAUGCCGUCAAGGGCAUUGAAGACGGCAAGGCCAUUGUCCUCUCCGUCGAAGGCAACUUCCACGGCCGAACCCUGGGCAUUGUCUCCAUGAGCACCGACCCCGAGUCACGUGUCGGCUUCGGUCCUUUCCUGGCCAACGUCGGACCUGGUGUGGGAGACAUGAAGAUCCGCUAUGGUAACGCUGACGACCUCGAGGCCGUCCUCGACAAGCACGGCAAGGACGUUGCUGCCUUCCUCGUUGAGCCCAUCCAGGGAGAAGCCGGUAUCGUUAUCCCCCCUGCUGGCUACCUGCAGCGUGUACGAGACCUGUGCACCAAGCACAAGGUGCUGCUAAUCUGUGAUGAGAUCCAGACUGGUCUGGGACGAACGGGUAAGAUGCUCGCUGUUGAGCACGAGGGCAUCCGUCCUGACAUGAUCACCCUCGGUAAGGCCCUCUCCGGCGGUGUCUACCCCGUCUCUGCCGUCUUGGCCGACAAGGAGGUGAUGCUUACCAUCAAGCCGGGAGAGCACGGAUCGACCUACGGUGGUAACCCCCUGGGCUGCGCCGUCGCUGAAGCAGCCCUUGACGUGCUGGUAGAGGAGAAGCUCUGCGAGCGUGCCGAGACGCUGGGUGCCAAGUUCCGCUCUGACCUCACUCAACUGCAACACUCUGGUCAAGCUCCCAUGCUCGUAGAAGUCCGCGGUCGUGGACUGUUCAAUGCCAUUGUCAUUGACUCGAGCAAGAGUCAGAGGAAGCGCUCUGCAUGGCAACUCUGUCUGCUCCUCAAGUCAAAGGGAGUCCUCUGCAAGCCCACACACGUCAACAUUGUUCGUCUCUCUCCACCUUUGGUCAUUACUGAGGAGCAAGUCCAGAGGGGUUUCGAGAUUAUCAAGGAGGCACUCCAGGAGCUUGACACUGUUGAGACGAUCCCUGGAGAGGAGGGAGAGGAGGUCGGUGUGGUACCCCCACCAACUGAGACUUGAGACUUGAGACUUGUACAUGUGUCAUUGUCCAAAACUCCCCCCAAAAGCGAAAUAG